AAUCCAUUCCACUUCUUCGUCUUCAUUUUUUUCUGCUCCAUUUUCAGAGAAAAGAAGAGUACUUUAGAAGCUUUGUUUUGUGUGCUAGUGGUAAACAUGCCUGCGGGUGCAUUCUCGUCUGCAGCACCGCCGUCCGGGGUGGAGUUUGAAGCCAAGAUCACGCCGAUUGUCAUCGUUUCUUGCAUACUAGCGUCCACAGGAGGCCUCAUGUUUGGUUACGACGUCGGUGUUUCUGGGGGUGUUACAUCCAUGCCCGACUUCUUGGAAAAAUUUUUUCCUGUGGUUUAUCGUAAUACCCAGGAGAAAAAAGAUGGAAACUAUUGCAAGUAUGAUAACCAAGGCCUACAACUGUUCACCUCUUCCCUGUAUUUGGCUGGCUUGACCGCCACUUUCUUUGCUUCCUACACUACCCGGAAGCUUGGUCGUCGGCUCACCAUGUUGAUCGCCGGUGUCUUUUUCAUAAUCGGUGUUGCGCUCAAUGCCGCUGCUCAGGACCUUGCCAUGCUCAUCAUUGGCAGGAUAUUACUUGGUUGUGGAGUUGGUUUUGCCAAUCAGGCAGUGCCAUUGUUCUUAUCAGAGAUAGCACCCACAAGAAUUCGUGGAGGACUAAACAUACUGUUCCAACUUAAUGUUACAAUUGGCAUUCUCUUUGCUGAACUUGUCAACUACGGCACCGCUAAGAUUGAAGGAGGAUGGGGAUGGAGGCUAUCAUUGGGAUUGGCAGGUAUACCGGCAACCCUCCUAACCUUAGGGGCCCUAAUGGUGGUAGACACCCCUAACAGCCUCAUUGAACGUGGUUACAUGGAAGAAGGAAAGGCAGUGCUCAAAAGGAUUCGAGGCACAGAAAAUGUUGAACCUGAGUUCCUCGAGCUUGUUGAGGCAAGUCGUGUAGCCAAACAAGUCAAACACCCUUUCAGAAAUCUCGUCCAACGCAGGAACCGUCCCCAACUCGUCAUUGCAGUUGCCUUACAGGUUUUCCAGCAAUUCACCGGAAUUAAUGCUAUCAUGUUCUACGCCCCAGUCCUGUUUGACACCCUGGGAUUUGGAAAUGAUGCUUCCCUUUACUCUUCUGUCAUAACCGGUGCAGUAAACGUCCUCUCCACCUUAGUAUCCAUCUACUCCGUUGAUAAGGUGGGUCGUCGCGUGCUGCUUCUUGAAGCAGGUGUCCAGAUGUUUUUAGCUCAAGUGGCGAUAGCAAUAAUCUUGGGAAUCAAGGUUACAAACACCUCAGACGAUCUCGGGAAAGGUUUUGCAAUCCUGGUUGUUGUCUUGGUCUGCACUUUUGUCUCCUCCUUUGCUUGGUCUUGGGGACCUCUUGGCUGGUUGAUCCCCAGUGAAACUUUCCCUCUGGAGACCCGCUCUGCUGGCCAGAGUGUCACUGUCUGUGUCAAUCUCCUCUUCACUUUCGUCAUUGCUCAAUCUUUCCUCUCCAUGCUCUGUCAUUUCCAGUAUGGUAUCUUCUUGUUCUUCUCUGGGUGGGUUCUGAUCAUGUCCUUCUUCACCUUGUUUCUUCUUCCGGAGACAAAAAAUAUUCCCAUUGAGGAGAUGACCGAGAGAGUCUGGAAGAAGCAUUGGUAUUGGAAGAGAUUCAUGGAUGAUGACGAGUUUGGAGGAGCAACCAUUACAAAUGGCACUGAUGACUUGGAGAAGAAAGGGUAUUCCAAUGGAUUUGAUCCAGCCUCUCAGUUGUAAAUUUUCUAAGUCAUUUAAGCAAUACUAGAAUUAGAACAUAUAAUAAUGUACUAUACAAGAGUGGGUGAGUAUAAAGGAUGCGUAAAUUAUUAUGAUUUACGCGUAUGACAUUAUAUGUAUUACAAAAUUUUAAAUUUGAUUUAAUUUUCAGUGAUUGUGAAAUGCACCUUUUUCCAGCUUAUAUAAGCAAUGUAAUCCUGUUAGGAACAAGUAGCCACCAACAAAAGGUAUUACGGAGC